ACCAUUUCCACCCAAAUCUUUCUACUUUCUCUAUCUAAAAACGCGCAAAACACACUGAGUGCGUGCGAUUGAUCGAUUCUCCCCUGUGCUACCGCGAUUCCCGCAAUGGAAGAUCGCAAUAGGCCUGUCACAGGCUAUCCCGCCCCCAAUUCGCAGCCCAACGGCUACUCAGCCGCCGUCGGUCCACCACCGGCCGGCACCGCUUAUCCUUACGCCGCCGCGCCUCCUCCCCACAGCAACCCCUACCCCUACCAGUACGACGCCGAGUCGAUCCGCCGCGCCACCUGCCUCCGCCGCAUCUUCGCCUUCGUGAUCGGCCUCGUCGUCAUCUUCGGCACCGUCACCUUCAUAGUCUGGCUCGUCCUCCGCCCCCAGCUCCCCGAGUUCCGAGUCGACUCGUUCUCCAUCUCCAAUUUCACGCUUGGCAACGACUCGCUCACCUUCUCCUCUGAAAUCAAGCUGACCGCCAGAAACCCUAACAAAAAGAUGAAGCUCGGCUACGAUCACAUCGACACCGAGAUUUACUACCAAUCCUACUCCCUCUCCGAGACUACCGUCGCGCCGUUCUACCAGGGUACGAAGAACGAAACCUCUUUGACGGCGAGAUUCGCCGCCGCCGGGAGAUAUCUGGAUAAGGCGGCGGUGGAUGGGAUUAGUGGCGAGAGGGGGAAGAAUGGAAAUGUGAAUUUCAAUGUGAGGAUGAUUUCUAGGGUUAAAUUUGAGGCGAAGGCGUGGAGAACUCGGAGGAGGUUUCUCAAGGUUUUCUGCGGGGAUCUGGUCCUUGGACUACCGGCCACCGGGAGAUCAGGGGUGUUAAGCGGCGGACCAAGGCAGUGCCGCGUCGGGAUUUGAGGUGACCUCAUGCUUUUUUCGUAAAGCUAAUUAGGUUUAAUUUGAUGUUGGAUGGGUAUGAAAUCUAUAUACAGCCUAUUGGUUUCCUAGAUUAACCCUGUUCCAUGUAUAGUUAGGAACUAUCUAUGCUCUUGAUUUUUUCAUUCUUGUUUGAUUAUAUUUAUCUACUAUUAGAGGAAUGCUUUAUGCUCUUGAUUUUCAA